AUGUCUGGGUCCCACCACUCUCACCCCUUCUGCCCCACAGCUGCUGUGCUCCUUCUUGCCUCCCUCGCUUCGGCCUUGGAAGGAGUCUCAGAUUCUGGCCUGUGGAUGUGUCAGCCGGCACCCAGGUGUGGGGACCAGGUCUACAACCCCCUGGAGCAGUGCUGUGACAAUGACACCGUCCUGCCACUCAACCGGACCCGCCUCUGCGGCCCCCGCUGCUCCUACUGGCCCUGCUUCCAACUCUGCUGCCUGGAGUCGUGGGGCUCACGCGAGCGGAGGGUGGUGAGGUUCAAGGUCCCUGGCACCAAUUCCGACUGCAGGUCGUCCCUGCUCUCCAGGGUCUGUGCCCAGGAAAAGCAGCCAGCCAGGCUUCUGCCGCAUCUGACUUCAUCUAGACUGUUCUGGAGAGCACAGACCCAGGUCAAACACAUCGGAUAUUCGGGGAGCUAUUGGGCUGAUCUGCUGUGGUUUAAGGGUGUGCAUGAGAUGCCUGGAUUGCAAGCUGUAGCUUAACCCACAGUGCCACAAUGCCCAGUCCUGACCCCUGCUGACAUGUGACUCCUUCUGCAGCAUGACACCGACUGAGGCAGCUGUAAACGUGACUCCUGCCCUUAACAUCCCCUGUAGAGACUCCAGAAAGCAUCUCUGCUGAUAUUGCA